AUGGCUUCACCUAAUGGUUUUUUUAACCACUUAACCUAUUUUCUGGGUGCUGGUGCUGUUACUUUGGGAAUUGGUUUCUUCGCUUUGGCAUCAGCUUUGUGGUUCCUGAUUUGCAAACGAAGAGAAAUAUUUCAAGAUUCCAAAUUUAAAACAAUUGAUGAGAGAUGCAGACAAAGACCAUCAAAGGCAAAGAUUAAAUCUCAUUCUCAGUGUGUUUUUAUUUCUCGAAAUUUUCAUACUGGAAAUUUCCAAUUACAGGAGGAGCAAAGAAAAAACGAAACAGCACAUAUAAAAGCAAUUAAAGAUUAUUCUAAAGAUGAAUUCUGCCUUGCAACAAAAAAAGUCAUCUGUGACCCCUCAGAGACUAGCUCGGCAACAAAUCCCAGCAGUGUUACCUUAAGCUUAUCAACGUUACCAUCUGAUUCUUAUUACAGCCAAAGUAUAGAAGUAGCUGAUGACUGGUUUUCUGAUGAUUCCCUAGUGAAAAAGAGCCCUCCAAUGCCUUUUCUCGGGGAGCCUGUAAUGGAGAAAGUAUUUUCAUACUUGUCAACCAUUCCAUUAGAAGAAUGUACUGGAAAUGUACUAAAUAUGACACUUUAUGAUGAUCAAAAAGAUGACAACAUUAAGGGAAUAUUUACACGAAGAAAUACAGAGGUUGAAAUACAAAACCUUCAACAUAAUAUUGAAUGA